AUGGCAGCCAAGGGGAAUCACACCACCAUCACCGAAUUUGUCCUCCUGGGGUUCUCAGAGUAGGGGGAUGCCCAGGCUGUCCUCUUCAUUGUCUUCUUGGUGAUCUAUGUGAUCACUCUUCUAGGGAACCUGGGGAUGCUCGUGUUAAUCAGGCUGGAUGCCCAGCUCCACACACCCAUGUACUUCUUCUUGAGCAGCCUGUCCUUCCUAGAUAUCUGCUAUUCCUCCUUAAUCACCCCUCGACUGCUCUUGGAUCUCCUUGCAGAAAGGAAGGUAAUUUCUUACUCUGCAUGCUUCACACAGUUUUAUUUCUAUGUGGUCUUUGCCACCACCGAGUGCUACCUCUUGGCUGUGAUGGCGUAUGACCGCUACGUGGCCAUCUGCAACCCACUGGUCUAUGUCAUCUCCAUGUCCAGCAGAGUUUGCGCACUGCUGGUGGCUGGCUCAUAGCUCGUUGGGAUCAUGAAUGCCACCAUCCACGCAGGGUUUUCACUUUGGUUGUCCUUCUGUGGUCCCAACGUCAUCAACCACUUUUACUGUGGGGCCCCGCUUCAAGCCAUCUCUUGCACAGAUCCUACUGUCAAUGAGAUUAUAAUGUUCACGGUGGUUAGCUUCAACCUGUUAGUCACCAUACUGACCAUCCUCAUCUCCUACACCUACAUCUUGGCCACCAUCCUGAGAAUGCACUCAACUGUGGGGAAACGCAAAGCUUUCUCCACCUGUGUGCCCCAUCUGACUAUGGUGACCCUCAUCUAUGGAUUUAUUGCAUCCAUGUACUCACGACCCAGUUCCAGGCAGUCCAAGGAGCUCGACAAAGUGGCCUCUGUGUUUUACACUGUUGUGACCCCUAUGCUGAACCCCCUCAUCUACAGCCUGAGGAACAAGGAGGUGAAGAACACGCUGGGGAGAGUGAUGAAGAGGAAACGUUCACCUGAAAAGUAG